GGUCUCGGGCCCUCAGGCGGAGCGGCGGGCGCCGGACCCCCAGGUGGAGCGACAGGUCUCGGGCCCUCAGGCGGAGCGGCAGGCGCCGGACCCCCAGGCGGAGCGACAGGUCUCGAGCCCUCAGGCGGAGCGGCGGGCGCCGGACCCCCAGGAGGAGCGACAGGUCUCGGGCCCUCAGGCGGAGCGGCGGGCGCCGGACCCCCAGGCGGAGCGGCGGGCACCGAGACACCAGGCACGACAGUGGGCUCCGAGUCAACUGGUAUGACCGCAGGCACUGGGUCAGACAUUGGAUCGUCUGACCGGACAGCGGGCAUCGGGUCACCAGGCAUCAAGUCAUUUGGCUCGACAGCGAGCACCGCGUCAUCUGGCAAGGCAGUGGGCUCCGAGUCAACUGGCAUGACCGCGGGCACCGGGGCAGACAUUGAAUCGUCUGGCUGGACAGCGGGCAUCGGGUCACCAGGCAUCAGGUCAUUUGGCUCGACCGCGGGCACCGCGUCAUCUGGCAAGGCAGUGGGCUCCGAGUCA